CUGAUAAUUCCGCGGUCACACUGUCACACGCUAAAAACAACUUCGCGGAUCGCCGUCCGAAUUUAAUUGGGAAAUAAAUGAAUUAAUCACCAUUAAUGAUGGUAAUGCAGAAAAACGGAAAUGUUACUAAUAACAGCCACACGCAAACGGGCUAGAAUGUGCGGUUGAACCACUGUGAUCCGUGGCAGCGACACGCAGCACUGCGGCGGCGGCGAAAAGUCUAACAGAAAAAGAAGAGAAAACCGAAGAAAAAGAAAAAAUUAAACAAGUUUUCGUGAUGCGGUGGCCGUUGGAAAUUUGCGUUUAAAGGAGCUAGCUACAGCUGCGCCCAGCCCAGCCGCAAGCAAAAGUGCAAUCAAACAAUAUAACAAAAAUGAUAAACAAAAUCCGCCAAGGAGUCGAUUUUAAAGCUGUAAUUGUGUCGUGAAUGUGAGUGUAGUGAGAGUGAUGAGUGUGUGUGCGUGUUGUGAGUGCGUUUUGUGUCUGUGCUGUACUGUGUGUAAAUGAAGUGUUGAAGUGGUGGCAGAGGCAGCAGCGGCGGCAGUGUGUGUUGGCCAAGCCCAAAACGAACGAAAUUAAGCCAAAAGCAAAUUAAAUAUAUGUGAAAAAAAGUUAUAAACAUAAGUGUAAGCCAAGCAGCGUACCAGACACCCGCACCAACACACUGAAACAGCAGCAGGAGCAGCGACAUCCCAGCACACGCACAGGGAGCGGCAUCUUUUUUGGUGGCUGAAGGCGGAGACGGACGACAGACGGGGCGCAAUGACCGAGGAAUUGAAAGUGGUGCUGCGGCGCAGCGAACAGCAUUCCGGUUUCGGAUUUUCGCUGCUUGGAUCAACUGGACCGCCACAUGUCAUCUACGACAUUGUGGAGAAUUCGCCGGCAGCCGAUUGCGGAUCGGUUGAAGCCGGGGAUGUCAUCCUCAAAGUCAACGGAACUGAUGUCCAUCGCUAUACAACGAAGGAAGUUCUCAAAUGCCUGCGUCUGUCGGAACAGUUGGUGACCUUGGAACUGAAGCGAGAUCCCAAGCUUAAGGCACGCAUUAAAGAGCAGCUGGCCAACACACAGAGUCCACACUAUGUGGAUAUUGAAUCUCCCAACAUCUACGACUACAACAGCAGCCACAGCGCCAAUUCCUCGCCUAACCAUCGUCCGAACAACAGCAAGGGAUCUUCUCCAGCAGCCAGCGGACUGCGCUUCAAGUCGCCCACACACUUGCCAUCGCUGCGGCAGAACUCCUCGCCGCUGCUGGCGAGUGGAUCCACCACAACGACCACCCACACACACAGCCGCAACUCCUCGGCCAGCUCCACCAAGAUAAAAGUGGUGGAGACCACCGUUCAGACGACAUCAACCAUCACCACUAGUGCAGCACCAACAUCGCCAACGGGCUCGGACGCCACCUCGCCCACGCACCGACCCUCACGCAUUCCACAGGCGCGAAAGUGCCCAGCGCCCAAGCCCGUGCCCGUGCUGCAUUCGCCACAGAACAAGCGGCCACGAUCCUCCCAGAUCCCCACAAAGGCAUCGAACGGUAACGGCAACGGUAACGGUAACGGUAACGGAAGUGCACACAACUCCCAGCUGCCACCGCAAUCGUUGCAGCAUUCCAACAGCUACAGCGGCAGUCCCGUCGCCCGGCCGCGAAUCUCUACGGAGCGAGAGCCGGACACAGACAGGGAGCCAGAACCGAAUUCGGCGCCACCGCAGCCGGCGAAGGCGCCACGCUUUGAGGCUUACAUGAUGACGGGAGAUCUGAUCUUGAAUCUGUCCAGGACACCACAGACCAGCAAUCACCUAACGACCCAGGCCAAGAAAGUUGACAGUCUGCGGGAUUCGCCGAUUCGUCUGCCAAAUUCCCGGAUGAAUGGCGCCCUAGCGCCACGAGCAUCGGGUGAAUCAUCGCCCACAUCCUCUUCCUCGGUGGACUCGCCCACCAACACCAGCUCGGAUUCGGUGAAGCGUGAGGCGAAGCAGCAGCGCAAACAGCAGCCGCAGCAGCACCACCAGCAGCAGCAGCGGGACAGCAUCAACAACAGCUACAACCGCAAGGAUUCACUCACAAAUGACACGCUGUUGAUGUGCGAGGAGCUAGAGCGUGAUGAGGAGGGCGAAUAUGUCCUAGAGGAGGACAGCAAGCACCAGCGGCAACGUCAGCAGCAGCAGCGUUAUCGCCAGCAGCAGCAACAGCAACGAUACGAGUACUACCAGAACGAGGAUGAGCUGGACGAGGAGCAGGAACAGGAGGUUGAAGCUGAGGCGGAGGCGGAAGAGGAGCGCGAGGAGGAUCAGACCCACUACGACAUCACCAACAUAGAGACGUACCAGAGCGGGAUGGGACGCGGAGAUGAGGAUAACAGCGAUCGGCAGUGUCUGGUCGAGGACGACGAUGAUGAUGAUGAUGCCUACGACGAGGAGGAUAACGAUGCCGGCGACGAGGAUUACUCGACAAAUUCGCUGGGCUCCGGCUCUACGAAGCAGCGACUUCGUGCCCUCAAGCAGCGUGCCGCAACGCGACAGCAGCAGCUGCGCAAUCGAGAUGCUGUCGAUUGUGCUGCUCGUAUGCCCGGCUACUCUGCCUCGGGCUCCACCUCGUCCGCAACGGUAAAGAGCGAGGCGGGCGGCGGCAUGCCAAUGGGCGUUGGCCUGGGCGCAGCCAAUACCUCGCAGGACGAGACCUCCUUCUCAGUGCCAACAUCACCCAUUUCACUGUCGACGCCUCUGAUCGACAAGGAGACGGCCAAUUCGGUGCCCACCAGCCCGGAGCCGAGCUCUUUGGCCCCAGAGUCGAGUAGCGGGGCCGCUGGUGUCGUUGUUGUGCGACGCCAUCACAAUGGGCAUGUGGUGCGCAAAUGUGAUGCCGCCGGCUUCCGCACCAGCAAGUCCGAGGAUCAUCUGCAGCAGAUCCAGCGCGAGGGCAUUGCGGCUGUGAUACCCAUCGACAUUGAUGAGGAUGUGAAUAGUUCACUCAAUACGCUGCUGGACACGCGUCAGGACUCCGAGGACUCGCAGUCGACGGCCACCACUGUAUCGUCGGUGGCGACAAUUGUCCACAACUCGUCGGCGUUGAACAACAACGAGAACGAGAUUGAAAUCGAGAGUGAACCGCUGAAUAGCUGCAACAACAACAGUCCCACAACUACAGCAGCAAUAGGGAACAACAAUAGCAGCGAGAGCACCGAGAGCACCGAGGCCGAGAUCGAGAGCGAGUGCGAAAGCAGUGGGGCAACAGCAACUAUAACGAUAGAAACGACUGCAGCGAGAACUAACAAGAAGAUGAUCAGAGGCGGCAACUGCAGCAACAAAUUAAACUAUAUCCUAUGCAAAAAGGCAUCGGAUCGAGAUCGGAUUGUGUGGACCUAUAAUGCACCACUGCAGCCACAUCAGUUGCAGCAGAUCCAACAGCAGCAGGCGCAGCAACAGCUCCAGCAACAGCAGCAGCAACAAUUACUAUUGCAACAACAGCAGCAACAUCAUCAGCAGCAGCAACAUCAUCAGCAGCAACAACAGCAACAACAGCAGCAACUCUACGGUCAGCAAUCGCAUUCAAAUUCACAUUCAAGUUCCAUUAGUUCGUCGCCGCAGCAUUCGGCUGCAGGCAGUCCGGCCUCCCCCACAUCGGUGUCCUCGUCGGUGAUGUCCUCAUCGGGCUCGAAGGGUGCCCUAGGUGGCAAUGGUCAGGCAGUGGACCAGCAGCAGCAGCAGCGAGAAAACGGCGGACAAGCCUUCCUGCAGCCGCCCACUGGCAUGCCCGGUCUGCUAACCUGUCCAGGGGCUGGCAAUGGUGCUGGCGGCGGUGGUGGUGGUGUUAGUGGUUGUGGCAACGAUUUGAGCGUCUCAGAGGCCAUUUCGAAUAUAUCUAGUCCCGACUACCAAGACGACGAUAACUUAUUGAGUUCUCGCGAUAUUCUAGGCGGCAUGGUACUUAGCGAUCCCAGUGACUCGGACUCCACCAUACUCGUCUCGGAUGGGGCCGCCCUGCAGCGCCAGCAGCUCAAACAGCAGCUGCGUGCCCAGCAGCAGCAGACUCGGGACAGAGACAGAGAUCAGUCGGAGCACAAGGUGGUCAUCCAAGUGCGCGGCAUGGACAACAACGGCGGUGGCGGUGGCAGUGCGGCUCGGUCCGAUGACGAUGUGGUCACGCUGACGGAUGAGCAGCCGCAUGCAACGAUGUCGUCGGGUGCGGGGGCAGGGGCGCAGGGUAUGCGAGACGCGUCUCCACCCGUUUCCGAUGAUGGCAGCGAUGUGGAAUCGCUGCACUCCUACCAUUACUCGCCCAAGGCUGUGGACAUGCCCUCGGCCAUACGCCUGGCCAAAAGACUGUAUUCUCUCGAUGGUUUCAAAAAGAGCGACGUCUCCCGACAUCUCAGCAAGAACAACGACUUUAGCAGGGCGGUAGCCGAUGAGUAUCUAAAGCAUUUCACCUUUGAGAAAAAGUCGCUGGAUCAGUCACUGCGCGAGUUCCUGCAACAGUUCUCGCUGUCCGGCGAGACCCAGGAGCGAGAGCGGGUCCUAGUGCACUUCUCGAAGCGUUUUCUGGACUGCAAUCCGGGUACCUUCAACUCGCAGGAUGCGGUGCACACACUGACCUGUGCCAUAAUGCUGCUGAACACGGAUCUGCAUGGGCAGAAUAUGAAUCGCAAGAUGAGCUGUGCGGAAUUUGUGGACAAUCUGGCAGAUCUCAACGAUGGCGAGAACUUUCCCAAGGAUAUCCUCAAGUUAUUGUAUCAGGCCAUCAAAACGAAGCCGCUAGAAUGGGCUCUAGAUGACGAUGCGGGUGAUCUGCAACAGCGCACUGGCAACAAUGCACUGGGAAAUGUUGGCCAAAAUCCCUUCCUGGAUGCACCCGAACUGGCCACCGCUGUGGAGUACAAGAAGGGCUAUGUGAUGCGAAAAUGCUGCUACGAUAGCAGCUACAAAAAGACUCCCUUUGGCAAACGCUCCUGGAAGAUGUUCUACUGCACGCUGCGUGAUCUUGUACUGUAUUUGCAUAAGGAUGAGCAUGGUUUUCGCAAGAGUCAAAUGUCCGACAAUCUGCACAAUGCAAUACGCAUACAUCACGCCCUAGCCACCAAGGCCAAUGAUUACACCAAGAAGCAACAUGUGUUCCGUCUGCAGACGUCCGAUCAGGCCGAGUAUCUCUUCCAGACAAGCGACUCCAAGGAGCUCCACUCGUGGGUCGAGACGAUCAACUAUGUGUGCGCGGCCAUUUCGGCGCCACCACUCGAGGGCGGUGUGGGCAGCCAGAAGCGAUUCCAGCGUCCACUCUUGCCCAGCAAGCAGACCAAACUAAUGGUGAAGGAGCAGUUGGAGUCGCAUGAGGUGCAGCUGGCGCAGCUAGAGCAAGAGCUAAAUGAGCACAAGAAGGGCCCGAUUCCCAGCAAAGGCUUGCCACUGCAAAACUACAAGGAAAAGGAGAGCUAUUUGCAAUAUGAACUGCGCCGCUACCGCACCUAUGUGAGCAUACUCAGCGCCAAAAUGCUGGCCGAUCAGCAGCAAUUGGAGCUGCAGGCGCAGCAGCCGACGCAGGCAAUCCUUGACGAAGAAGCUGACACAUUCCCUGUGGGCACCAGCUGCACGCCCACCACGCCGCCAAGUAUUAACAUUCAGGAGCAACAGCAGAAGGAGCAGCGACAGCAACAGUCAUCGAACAGCAGAUAUCCCCGGUUCUCAGUGCCUUCCAAUUUGCUUUGGAAUCGGCUGUUCUGGGACUGUGUUUGCUGCGGUGUUUUCUUAUGUUGCUGGCGGGACUGCACUGUACUCACAUUUCUUUAAUUUUUUUCUGUGUCUGUAAAUAUAUAAUGUAUAUUUCGUGUUGUGCGUUUAUUUCCAUUCGCUUUUGAGUUUUUACUUUGCCUUUCAUUGUGGUCCCAUCAUUUGUACCAUCUUUGAUCAUCCCUGAGACCAUCUGUGUGUGCCCUGUACAAGCUUUAAUUUUGAAUAGUUUUUAACUAUAACAAUAAUACAGAAUUCAGACUUGAGCGUUGCGUUUAGGCAAUUAAAACCAUGUGAACAUAAACAUAAUCCCCUAAUAUAAUUAGUUGUUAUGUGGAUUUAUUUUGAGAGCAACAACCCCACAACCCAUAUACCACAAAUGCUGUGAAAAUUCGAAAGAUUCAUCAAAAAGAUAUCCCGAUUGAAACCGAUGCCGAAAUUCGAAAGUCAAGAUGCGCAUAGUUAACUAUAGAGAAAUAAUGUUUUUUUGGUAGCACUCGUAGCUAUAAACCCCGAACUUUUGGCGUUAUACAUGCAAACUAUAUAGAAAAUAUACAUAGAUUUAGAAAAGAAAAGAAAUGAAGAAAAAUAUAUUUAAACAACAAAACACAAAUGUGGUUCAUUAGUAGCAGACGUUUAUGCGUUUAUGCCUAAGCUAAAAGCAUACGAAAUAUACAACAUACAUACACUUACCAUAGAUGAUGAGAUUACCGAAAUAUUACAAGAAUUUUACAAGCAAUUUGCACACCACAUCAAGCAGAUAGAGAUACAAUUUUAAGUAGAACGAAACCAAUCAAAGCUUGUAUGAUAAGAGAAUCCCCGGAAUCACUACACACACACCACACACACACACACUUUACACGCUGGUUAUCCUGGAAGAAUGAUUAAUUGAUUGUAGACCCACAUUUAUACACCCACAACACAACACAACACAAACACUGAUGUACCAUAACAUGAGAGUCAUGCUAACCGAACCGAACAUUUUAUGGACUCCUAAAAAGAAAUACGUUACUCGUUACCAUCCGUUGUUACCCCCGCCCGCUCAACUCGUUACGUUCCGUUCAAUUAAUGCCAGUUUAAACAAACACAAAAAAACAGAACCCAAAUGGAAGAAUUCUUCAAUCUUACAGAUGGCUCGAUGUCUUCUGCUGCUGUAGCGUGCUCUGGCGGCAUUUCUACCAUUCCAAAAGCCUUUAAACGAGUAGUUGCCUCUUGCCUGGAGGCUAGCGAUCCGCGGACAGCAGUCCAACGAAGGUGCUUCUCUCUGUAAAUGCCCCGAUCUGUACUCCUCCUACUAGCUACCGCCCGUCUUGAAUGUGAGCAAGCUAUAGGCUACAAAUAUCUCAAUGUUUUAUUGCUUACUCGUCAGUGUCUAGCUUGGCUCCACAUCUGUAUAUCGAACAUUUCAGAACAUUCUUUCUUUGUUGAUUGUUAACUUUGGUUUUCAUUCUACACUUGCAGAAAGGAGAAGAAAUUCGCUUAAUUAAUUUUUGUUUCGCUCUUGAUUUCGAUCAUUUCAACACCGCAAACACACAAAAAAAAAACACCACACACAUCCGUAUCCGCCUCUAGUUGGCAGUUG